AUGAAGCAGACCGACCAGCCGACAAAAAGCCUUCCCCCACAAGGCAGGCUGGGCUCAUACCACCGCGCUUGUGAACUCGCUAGCCGGCUAGUACUACACAGUACAUCGUCAGGUCAUCGUGGUGACGAUCUAGGUAAUGUUGCCGCUGAUUUUCAUUUGACGGAUCGAUUAUCGGGCGAUGGCCAACAAGUUGUCACUGAGGCCGAUGGGUUUCCCACCGGCUUUCUUCGACCUUCCCCGACGAGUCCGAACCACGGUCGUUCACAACCAGGAUGGAAAGCGACCGUAUCCAUUGAUCAACAGUACCGUAAUGGAGAUGAGCGGGGAUUUCGGGGUCAAAUCGACCAAGAGAACGAAGCACAUCGCGGGAAAAGGGGAAGAUCGAAACAAAGGGAGUUCCGAGACGAGGAAGACUUUCCUUUGGGGAAUGGCAGAGGGGCCUGUGGCGCAUUACCACUGAAGACUACCACUAAGAAAGGUAGAACCUUCCGGCAACCAGGUACGCUUACCCUACUGGCCGCUGUUUGGCUUGCUUAUGAUCUAUUUGUUCUUUUCUACGUUCGUAUUCCUCCUCUAUGUGCGUGUUUAGAGUUUACGAGGGAGAAUAUUUGUGUGGAAGAAUUAGCCUGCGCUUAG